UAAGUUUUAUUUUUGUAAACUUCAGUAACUUUCACAUUCACCUUUCUAAAAGAAAUUCUGUUUUUUGUAAGCGUAUAAUAAACACUUCAAUGUCGUCUCUAAAAAUAACUUGAAUUGAUUAAAAUGUAACCAAAUAAAUUGUUUAGAAGAGUGCUGCUUUAUGUCAUUCAUUAAAUUCAACGCUAUUGCUAUUAAUAAACCUAAGUUGGCAAACAACCAAAAUUUGAUAAGUCAACUUUGGUGUUUCUAGGAGGGACUUGGGUUUAUCUUUUGCCUGACAGCAGUAUAAAAAGCCAAACCCUCUUACUGUCAGCUCACAAGUUUGCUGCAAAGUCAUCCUUUCACAAUGAGCCUCACUGCCAAAGACAAAGCUGCCGUCAAAGACCUCUGGGCCAAGGUCUCAGGAAAGGCUGAUGACAUUGGUCACGAAGCUCUUUCUAGGAUGCUGGUGGCUUAUCCCCAGACCAAAAGUUACUUUUCUCACUGGAAGGACCUGAGUCCCGGUUCAGCCCCCGUGAGGAAUCACGGAAAAGUUGUGAUGUCUGGCGUUGCUCAGGCUGUCGAGAAAAUCGAUGACCUGACUGCUGGACUCCUGAGCCUCAGUGAGCUUCAUGCUUUCCAGCUUCGUGUUGAUCCUGCCAACUUCAAGAUUUUGUCCCACAAUAUUCUCGUGGUUUUGGCCCUCUUGUUCCCCACUGAAUUCACCCCUGAUGCUCAUGUGGCUAUGGACAAGUUCCUCUCUGCUGUGGCUCUGGCUCUGUCCGAAAAGUACAGAUAAGCACUGUUCACUUCAGACGCGUCAGACGAAUGCCAGCAUGAAUGUUCUGUCUUUCUGUGAUGCAAAAUAAAUGC